AUGGACCGAGCGGAGGACACGAGGUCCCGUGGUGUGGGCGGGGAAAUGAGCGUGCUGGGUCGCUGUGAGUCAAACCGGUUCCACCUGCAGAUGCUGACUCAUGUCCCUGCAUCUGGAUUGGCUGAGCUGCUUCUGUCGGUUCUGGUGCGAGCGGGGUGGCGGGGCGGGGCGGCGGUGAUGUGCCCCGGAGGGGGCGACGCCGGGGUGUUAGAACACCUCCACCAGCGGGGGCGGGCCGGGCUAAACGGCUCACACUGGCAUCUGUGGGAAACCCUUGACCUUUCCAGUCACUGGGCAUCUUCAUCGAGUGAGGAGGAAGCUAAUAACAACAACAACAACAAAUUUAUGUUACAUAAAAAGCCCGAGGAUGCGUCACAGGAAGUAGCUGAUAAGGAACAGGAAGUGAGCGAGCUCCUCUCACAGCUCAUGACCCGAACCCCAUCCGCCGUGCAUUCCAGCGCGGUCGUGUUCGGGUCGGACCCGGAGUGUGUGAGCUUGGUUUUGCGCGGAGCGACGCGACUCGGACACACGCUCUGGGUUCUAGGACUGCCCCUGAACCCGGACGCUUUAAGUGCUGUCGGGUCUCCGAAAGGCCUGCUAGCGUACGGACAGCCGGAGCGCAGACCGCUCAGCUCCUACAUCGGCGACGCGCUGCAGCUGGUGGGCCGGGCCGUGUCCGACGCCAGCGUGGUGCGACCCGACCUGGCGCUCAUCCAGAACAUGGUCAACUGCUUCGACAAGCCCAAUAAACACGAGGUGCUGUCAUCCGGACACUACCUGUCCAGAUUCUUCUCCAACACGUCCUUCGAGGGUCUGACGGGUCGUGUCAGCGUGCAUCCCUCCAUCUCUAGAGUUUCCACCACACAUGGGUUCCACAUUUGGAGCCUUCAGAGGGACGCUCUAGGUCAGCCGAGCUGGGCCACGGUGGCUGAGUGGCAGUCUGGACACUUGGAGAUGGAUAAGAAGAGCAUUUGGCCGGAAUUAAUGAAAGAUGAGAUGGAUCAGGAUGUGACCAUCCAGCCGGGAGGACGUUGGCAACCCGGACUUCCUGUUUCUGGGCACAGACUCCGCGUUGUGACUUUGGUGGAGCAUCCGUUUGUUUUUACCCGCAAUGCUGAUGAAGAUGGCCGAUGCCCGGCUGGACAGCUUUGUCUGGACCCUCGAACCAACAGCUCAGACAUUCUGAACCAUCUUUUCAGAGAUCUGGAGCAGAGAAACAGCAGCUCGUUACCGUCUGAGAUGAUCAAAUGCUGCUAUGGAUACUGCAUCGACCUGCUGGAGAAGCUCGCCGAGGAUAUGCGGUUUGAUUUCGAGCUCUACAUCGUAGGGGAUGGAAAGUACGGAGCGUGGAAGAAUGGGCAGUGGACCGGACUGGUGGGAGACUUGCUGAGCGGCGCGGCCGACGUGGCCAUCACCAGCUUCAGCAUCAAUUCAGCGCGGAGUAAAGUGAUGGACUUCACCAGCCCGUUCUUCUCCACCAGCUUGGCCAUCCUGGUGCGCAGUAAGGACACGGCCGCGCCCAUCGGAGCCUUCAUGUGGCCGUUACACUGGUCCAUGUGGGUGGCGAUCUUCAUCACGCUCCACAUCACCGCACUUUUCCUCACACUCUACGAGUGGAAGAGUCCGUUCGGAAUGACGCCGCACGGACGAAACCGGGUCCGAGUCUUUUCCUAUUCUUCUGCACUCAACCUCUGCUACGCCGUGCUGUUCGGAAGAACCGUCGCAAGCAAGACGCCAAAAUGCUGGACUGGACGAUUCCUCAUGAACCUCUGGGCCAUCUUCUGCCUGCUGGUGCUCUCCAGCUACACGGCUAACUUAGCGGCCGUAAUGGUGGGCGAGAAAAUAUUCGAGGAGGUUUCGGGAAUUCACGAUGCCAAGCUCCAGCAUCCGUCUCUGGGGUUCCGGUUUGGUACGGUCCACGAGAGCAGCGCUGAAGAUUACAUGAAGAAGAGUUUUCCUGAAGUUCACGAGUACAUGAGACACUUCAACCAGCCCACCACACCACAGGGGGUCGCUACGCUCAAGACAGAUCCUCCUCAGCUCGACGCUUUCAUCAUGGAUAAAGCUCUGCUCGAUUACGAAGUCUCCAUUGAUGCUGAGUGUAAGCUGCUGACGGUGGGAAAACCGUUCGCUAUCGAAGGUUAUGGUAUUGGUUUACCUCAGCAUUCCCCUUUGACCCGUAACUUUUCGGAGGUCGUGAACGGUUAUAAGUCGGACGGUUUUAUGGAUCUGCUGCAUGGUAAAUGGUAUCGGGUCACUCACUGCGGAAAACGAAGCUUCGCCGUCACCGAGACUCUGCAGAUGGGUAUCCAGCACUUCUCCGGACUCUUUGUGUUGUUGUGUGUUGGUGUUGUGGGUUCAUUACUCACACUGCUGAGUGAACACACCUUCUACAGCUUCAUCUUACCGCAUCUGCACAACAACCACAGACUGAAGUACUGGCUCCACACCAGCCAGAAAAUCCACCGAGCGUUAAACACAGUGUGUGACGAGAAGAAAACGGAAACGAUGAACACAAACACAAACAUUCCCCUGUGUCUGUCAGAAGGCUGUACGCUCCACCGCCUGCCCUCCGCUGAUCCCUCCAUCUCCUCCUCCUCCACCUCCAACAACAAGUGGAACAACGAAAGUCCUGAAGCUACCAGCAGCGAACCCAGAGACGCUAAUCACAAGCGCGUCCACUUCGACCUGGGAUCAGAGCGAGGCAUUCAGAGCCCGGACGGGGCUCCAGAGCGGGGCAUCGUGCGCUCAGACCGGGCCAUGUGUGAUCUCCUGGGGUCGGAUCAGGGCAGUAGGAGGUUGGAUGGGGGCAUUAAGAAGCUGUUGAGGUCACAGCGGGGUAUUAGGGGGUUAGUGGGCAGCCCCCCUGCUCAGCUCUGCUCCAAUGGGGACGCAGCGUCAGGACUCAGCCUGGUUCUCCUGCCCCCCGCCUGCCCCGCCUCCUCUCGCUCCUCUCUGUGGGAGGGGGAACUUCAGGAGAUCGAGGGCAAAAUCGAAGAGUUUCGGGGGAACCUGCGGGCGGCGCUGGCGCGGAGAGCCGAGCUCCAGAGGAACCUGGAGAGAGAGAGAGAGAGACUGAGACAGACGGAGAGAGACGGCAGCCGUCUCUCCAUCAUCACAGACAUGAACAGGAGGAGGUGAUGAGCGAGACAGGAGGGACGAACGAGCGCCAUCUCUCUUCUUCCCUCUUCUCUUUCUUUCUACAGGAAGUGCCGUUAGUUCCUCUCUGUACACAUGAACUUCCCUAAAGAGUCAAACGCUGUUUCUGCCAACGAGCUGGAAGUGACUGAGCGGAAAAAGUCUUUCUUUCAUUUUUAAUUAUAUUUUACAAACUCAAAAAAAAAAAAAGAGUAACGGUUUAAAGGUUACAGAGAGAAAAAAGAAUGUGAGAGAAAACAAGGACAAAAAACGAGAGAAAACUGGAAUGGGAAAAAAAAGAAAAGGACUGAAAACAGACAGGAAGAAGAGAGGGAAAAAAAGGAGAGGAUGUGAAGGAAAAGAUGAAAACAAGGAAGAAUGGAUUUAAAAAGUGAAAGAAAGAUUGCAAAAGAGAGAGCAGAGAGCAGAGAAGAAUGAGUGAGAGUGACAAAAGAAUGAAAGAAGGAGGAAUUGCAAGACAGACAGGAAGUAGAAAGAAAGAAACAAAGAAAGAAAGGGAUAAAAAGAAAAAAAGAAGAAGAGAGAAAAGAUAAGGAGGAAAGAAGAGCAACAAAAUAACAAGAAAAACAAAAUGAGAAUGUAACAAAAAAAGAAAGAGUACAAAAGAAAACAGAAAGAGAAAGAGAUGGAAGUAAAGAAAUAAUAGUGUAAAGUGAAGCGAGGGCGCUGAUUGGUCGGCUGCUGUAACGUCCAUUAUGACAUCAUCAGUGGGAAUUCUCCGACAUUCCGAGGAUUGUUAAUAUUCCACUGUAAUGAUGUUUAUCACGUGAUAAAAUGCAGAUCGAUUUUUAGAAGAAUUUUUUCGGAAAGCUGGAACGUGGAACGAAGGAAAUUUGCACUCGUCCACUUCAGUUAAUAUUCCAGUGAUUUUCCGCUGCAGCGUUUUAAACCUCGUGCUGUUUGGAAACAGGAAGCCGUGAUUCCCAAACACGCCGGACUGAGAAUGCAGAUUAGCUGAGAUUAGCUGAGAUGAUCGUUAGAGCGUCUCUUUUUUUAUAUAUGAAAAGAUCAGCGAAUCUCUACAUCAGACGGCGUUCCGUUCCGUUUCGUUCCAUCUUACACUUACUGUGAUUUAUUACUAACCUGAAUCUCUAAACGAUUUCUAAACACACAGUAUGUGCAAAUUUUUGCUAAUUUCUGUUUUUCUUUCCACUUCGGCUCGCUGGAGAAAUAUUCCAUAUCAUAUUCUUUCCAUUUAUUUAAACACAGGCACGUGUAAGGACACGCCCACAUUUAUGCAAAUAUAUCACUAACGCAUUUUUGUAUAUAAACAAAAGUAUUUUUUUCUUUUCCUUUUUUUAACCAAAAUGCAGUAUAUCUAUCAGAAACAACAACCUUAGAGAUACGUACUGAGUUUUAAUAAUAAAUUCUGAAAUAAAUAACGAACAGGAUGGAAAACUAGAGUAGUAGAAGUAUUUUUACAUAAUAAAAUGAAAAUAUAAUAUCCCUCGAUUUAAAAGAUAAUGAAUUAUUUAGACUCAGAGCGAUUAACCGUAUCAGUGAGGUCAGGAUCACGCGAGUGUGUUUACGAUCGUCUCCUUCCUUCUUUCCUUCCUUCCUCUGACGCUCGAGGUCUCGAGUCUCGUGAAAUCCAAAUCAUCGACACGUCCCUUACCUCUUCAACCCGCUUUAAUCCAAGUGUAAAUGGUUUAAAUUUAAGAGCGAAAUGUUUCUUUUUUCUUUUGAUGAUGAAGUACGUUAUAGAUAAAACUCUCAGAUUUAAUUCUUCUGAGAGAAAGAAACUCAUCUUUUCAUUUAAUGAUCUUUUCAUUUUCUUUUUGUUGUUUUGGAGUUUUAGUCUAAAAUCCGAGUCUGUCAUUUCAUCUUUAAUUCAGCAUGUCUUGAUGAUUAUUAUUAUUAUUAUUAUUAUUAUUAUUAUUAUUAUAUCUGAUGGCGUGUAGGAACGUUUCCGUGGUGAUGUGGUGUGAUCAGGUGGAAGGCGUCUAAUCAAUCAUGUUAUAGAAAUAUUAAAAAAAGUCAUUAGCACAUUUUAAAAUAAAUAUUAUUUCACAUGGAUGUAACCUGUAUGAUUACGGGAGGCAUUUUUUUCACUACAUCUUAAGAAUAUGGUGAAUAUAAUCAGUUUAUCUGAUAUUUCUUAUAAUCAGAUUAUUAUAAAUCAGAUGUAAUAUUAUUCAGCGUGUGUUUUCAAGCUUUAUGUUUCUGUGUCUGGAAAUAAAUACUUAACGUUAGAAAAAAUAUAAAUAUUUCAAGCUUGAAAUGUCUAGAAAUCAUUUUAAUAAUCAAAUUAAUACAUUAAUAAUUAUUAAUACGUUAAUAAUCAAAUAUCUUACAAUUAUCUUAUAAUUUUAUAAAAGGAAACGCUAAAUAUCUGACUUUAUCAUCUGACUUUAUUCAAGACGUCAUUUUUACGCACGGCUUGUAAUGUUUAUAACGAGCCUGUAAUCGUUUAUUAUCGUUUAUUAUUAUAAUAUUAUCAUCUAAUAGAGCUAGCGUCUUCAUUUCAGGUGUGUGUUUACGUGUUACCUGUCCUGUAAUUUAGCUCCGCCCCCGGUUAUUACCUUAAACACACCGACGACGUCUUAGCAAACCGUCUUGAAUAUAAUCAAAUUAAUCUAAUAUUUCCUAUUAGAAGAUUACAGUAAACUAAAUGUAAGAUUUUCAGCCUGACUCUAGACAUUUUUACUCAUUUUAAGCUUUAAAUUGUUUUAUUUUAUGAGAAAUAAAUGUAUAAAAUGAGCAAACGCCGUCAUCCUGCAGGGAAAGUUAAACGACAUGAGAUGAGCAGGACGUUCAUUCGGCACAGACGCCGAUCAACACUGAUAAAUAAAAAGCUUUUAGGGAAAUGAAGGGAAAUAAAUCCGUUAAAAAAAGCGUGACGUGUUUCUGAGAAACGCAGAGUGAAAGACGGCGUUUAAUUAGAGCCUGAAAACGUGCGUGGGAGAUUCAGAGACGUGUAAAAUACGCGAAUGUGUGCGUGCGCUCAGAGGAAUGAGGGGUUUGGCCGAGACGCCGGCGUCCUCACCAGCCAUCUGCUCAUCGAUGACUAAUUUCCUGAGAGGAAGUAAAUAUUAAAUAUUAAAUAUUAAAUAUAACAAACAGGAUGUAAAUAUGAUACUGUUCAUCUGACCACCACGGAUACGGUCUCUCAUCAAACACACAG